UAUAGACAUUUAGAUCGUAUUUUAACGCUAAGCAAAGCUGCAAAACUUCUAUUUUAUUAAUAAUUAUUAUAAUACUUAAAAUAUAAAAUGGAGAAUAUGAUGUUUAAUAAAGAUCAAGAAAUGGAAUUGUCUAGUUAUAAAGACUUCACACAAGAAGAUUUGUUUUUAGCUCCAGAACCAAAAAGAUCAAAUGACCAACAUAAUUCUUCUGAUCUAUUUGGGAAAAAAAAGAAGGAUAAAAGUAAAAAACAAAUUGAAGCAGAAGAAAGAGAAAAAAUGAGAGUUCUUGUAUCCAACUUCACCGAAGAACAAUUGGAUAGAUAUGAAAUGUUCAGAAGAUCAGUAUUUCCUAAAGCAGCAAUUAAACGGAUCGUUCAAACCAUUACUGGAAAUUCGGUUUCACAAAAUGUUGUAAUUGCCAUGUCAGGUAUUGCAAAAGUUUUCAUUGGUGAAAUAGUUGAAGAAGCUCUUGACAUAAUGGAAGCUCAAGAAGAUUCAGGACCAUUACAUCCCAAACACUUGAGAGAAGCUGUACGACGGCUUAGAAAAACUGGAGCUAUUCCAUCUUCCAAAGGUAGAAAACUACCUUUUUAUAUUUAGAUACCUGAUACAAAUUUUAACUUCAUGUAAAAUAAUUAAAAAUAAUUUUUCUAACUUAACA